AUGACCGCUGACGCUGAAACGCGGCGCGCAAAGAAGCGCCAAACGGACAGGAAUGCGCAACGACAGCAUCGGAAACGGCAGAAGCAGUACAUCGAAGGACUCGAGGCUCAGAUAUCUCUUCUCAAAUCAGCUGGUAAAUCUGAGGCAUCUCAACUUGCUGCCCAGAACCUGCAAUUACAAGAUGAGCUCCAACAAAUGCGCCGUCUUUGGGACGAGAUGGAAAAUAUACUGCAACGCCAACGGGAUCUACGAUCAAACUCGAUACUCAAUGUGCCAUUGGUCUGUUCUGAUGGCAGUCCGACGCCCAGCUACGAUAGCAAUAAUGAGAGGGAUGCUUCCGCACAGGCAUUUGCAGUGAGGUCUGCGAGCUUCAACGACACCGCCCAAGUGCGUCCGACAGUGCACCCAGCACCUGCAGUCGUGGGUGGUCACUUGCAGUCGACCGGACUGUCAGAUCUGGAUGGACUUAUGCUUCACGACUCAACGUCGACACACGAUCUACCGGAUAACCUGAUCCAUUGCGACACGUUGGAUCUUCAUGAUGGCUCCCACCUACUUAACACAGAUGGCAAUGAGAUGGAUUCGAUUCUGCGAGAUGACUUUGCGCUGGCCAAUAUGGAUCGUUCAGACGAAAGCGACAGAGCCACGACCGAACUGACUCACUCCCAAUCACUCACAGCCCGGAAUAAAGACUCAGACCACUUCUAUACAAUAGAUUCAUCCCAGAUACAGACCCCUCGAGCGCAUGAAUCUGACUCCGCAAUGACCAUGAGAUGGAUAACCAGCCCAAGUCAUCUCCUCCGAGAAGCCGACGACAUAGAUCAUUUCCCAGAAGUCGAGGACGGUUCACCACACCACCAGGAAAGGCAACGUACCCCCGAUCCUCUCGACGGCUUCACAGAAUUAUUCGAUGCGUGCAUGAAGCAUAACCUCCCCGCCUUCCGCUCGAACAUGCCCUUGCUGAUGUUUUCGUCGGCUUCGAAAGACGUGCUGUUACAUGAGAUGAUACAGCGUGCUAGCCAGAACCCAGAGUCCAUCGGGCCGCCAGUGCUGAUCGACUUUCUCGUUGAUAAUAAACAAAAUUCGCUAUCGACUGAUCUGAAGGUCUAUUUGGAGCCGGUGCGGAAGACUCGUCGGACAUCAGAGUAUCUUGCGACAUAUUGGGUUCUGUAUCUACUAUUAAGGUGGCAAAUUGUUCGUAGUGAAGAUGCCUACCAUAGUUUACCGCCUUGGCUUCGACCUACGCCCUUGCAGCUCGUCGUGCAUCACCCAAUGGCAGCUGAUCUCAUAGCAUGGCCCGCAAUACGAGAAGGUCUCGUUCAGAUGUCCAUGUCAGACCCCGAUCGUGUGUAUGAUGUUUCUACAGAUAUCGGGAAAUAUCUCACGGUCGAAAUCUCAACGUCUGAAUCGGACUUAGUACAUGAUCCUCAGCAACUCGUGUCCAAGAUAUUGGAUUUGAACAAUUGGAAGUUGGACAAGGAGUUUUUUCAUCAGUACCCUCAAUGGAAGGGCAACACUACCUAG